AUGGAGGAGGUUGCGGCCCUGGAAGAAGCUUUGCAGCACGUGGGCCGCCGGGGUGAAGGCUUCGCAAAGUACGACAGUGCCGUGACCGCCUAUGGCAUCCAACUCCGGGCCUGGGUGGACAUGCAGGUGGACGCGCGCCUGGGGCAGCUGCUCCCGAGCCUCUUGGAAGGCGAGCUGGAGAGCUUCCGCUCGGAGUUCGCCGCCCAGGAGGUGGUGAGCUCCAGAUUGGAGGGGGAGCUCCAAGCCGUCGCAGAUGCCCAGGCCAAGCUGCUGCAGGUGGUGGAGGGCAUGUCGCGGGAGCUGUCGCGCUUCAAGGAGGACCGGACCGGCAGAGAAGCCUGGGACAGCCAGGAGCUGGCCAAGCUCAGGGACCAGGUGUCCGCCAUGGAUCGGCAGUUCCAGAACUGGCGCAGCGAGGUGUCCAUGGAGGAGAGCUCUUUGAAGGACCUCAGUGCCUGGGCUGAGCGCAAGUUCACUGCGGAGAGCCAGCGGAUCCAGGGCGUGGAGAGGGAGCUGAGCCACGCGGAGGCCCGCUUCAACACAAAGCUGCAGGAGCUGAACUCGGAGGCCGGCAGGAGCAAGCUGGACGUUGAGCCCCGGGCUUGCGAAAGAGCGCAGGAAGGGGCCCUCGCAGAGUCCAAUGAGUGGAGCCGAUGUGGCGCGUUGUUGCUUCGUAGGCGGAUGGACUGUGCAGCCUUCGCGGAGCUUAGGCGGACUUUGAGGUCCGGCGGAAGUCUUUUGAAGAGCUUUUGCGAUGAAGUCCUGGGCGGCGGCACGUCGCUGGCCAGCCUCUACGGCUACUUGGACUUGACGCAGGCUCUGCUCAUGCUUCGGCCGACUUGCCAAGCGGCGGCUGCGGCUGCAAAGGGCCACCCACGGCUGCGCAGCCCCUUGGCAGUGGAUGUUCAGGACAUCGAGGACUUGCUGGGCCACCGGGCCUUCAAGGGCAAGUGGCCCAAGGGCUCCCAGGCAGCCCCCGAGGCCAUCCUCAGAAAGGUGACUCAGCUGCUCCGUGCGGCCCACUCCGUGUCCCAGGACAGCCUCCAGAUACUGUCCUUGCCGUUUGGCGUGCCCAAUUCCACCCUCCGCAUGUGGGUCAGGCUGGGUCUGCUGGGCGAGCUGCGGGAGCUGCACCUCCUCGGCCGUGGCGGUCCCUCCGAUGCAGGCCUGACGUACCUUGCGCGGUGCUGCCCAAAGCUGCAGCGCCUCACGGUGCUGGGCGGCAACAGCUCAGCGGCUUCCUCGCUGCUGAUGCAGGCUCAGUCCAAAGGUGCCAUGAGCGACGACUGGUGGCGCGGCUUCCGCUGCACCAGGCUUUGCAUUUUGCCCAGACUUCAGCAUGCGAAGCUGAAGGGCCUUUCUGUACAGAGAGUGCCAAGCUGGUUCUGCGGGCAGUGGAGUCCGAUCAUGCCUACCUGGGGCCAUGAGGUGCACUGCUAUGACCACCUUGGCCGAUUUGUGUGCAUGCGCAACGGCAUCAUCGAACGGGUCGGAGUGGUCCGCUCCUUGCUGCCCUCUCAGUUUGGGCCGUGGUGGGAGCUGGACGUGACCUUCCUGGCGCGCCAGGACUGUCCAAGCCAGCUCAUCCUGCUCCUGCCGGUUGCGGGCGAGCCGCCGACUUUGGAGGCCUUGCCAGGAGCUAAAGAGCCCGCGAGCAUCCUGCGCGGCGCCGUGGUGGGGCCCAGCGAUGGCAUGCGAGACAAGCCGCGAAAGUUUCCGCACCCCGGGCACGGCCACGAGUGGAGGAGAGUGAGCCGUGAGUGCAACAUCGAGGGCAUGCUACCAUGGGGAAUCCAAGAGUGGGCGGAGGCUGCGAUCUCCUCCGGCGCGGAUGACUCUGUGAGCAUGUUCUUCGAGGGCGCCAGCAGUGAUGACGAGGAGGAGAGCGCCUGUGUCACGAAGAGCGUGGAGGAGCUCCUGGCCCAGCUGGACAGAGACGAAGCGCGCGAGUGGGAGGCCCACCGGCCCUCCGCACGAGUGGAGGUGGGCAGCGGCUCGGUGCCCAGCAUCGAGGAGCUCCUGGUGCAGCUGGAGGUGGAGGAGGCAAGGGGCCUGGGGAGUGAAGCGGAUUUGCCCAGGUCCAAGCUAAGCGUCCUACGGAACGACCUUGAGGCUCGGCUGGAGAACCAGCUGUCGGCGCGCAUCCGAGAUCCUAGGGACAUGGAGUCCAAGCUGCUGUCACUCCGCACAGAGCUGGAGGCCAAGGUAGACUCUCUUCUGGAGGGGAAGCUUCGUUCAGUGGAAGACCGCAUGGAGUCUCGUCUUUCCAACUGCCGCAUGCAGAUUGAGGAGAAGGUGGAGAGCUUCAUGGGUGACCGCAUGGAGAGUCUUCGCAAGGAGUGCCACCAGGAUGCGAAGGGCUACGUCCAAGAUGCCCAGGUUCGCCUCAGCGAGGACGUGGCUUCCAUGCAGCAGCGCUUGAUCUCGGAGUUGCGGGCGGAGACGACGCUGGCGCUCAGCCGCGAGUCCGCAGCCAUCGCGGCUUUGGACGAGCAGCUUUGGAUCACGGAUCAGCGGCUUGGUCAGCGCAUCGAUGAGCUUGCGCACUCUCGUGUCCGUGAGCGUGGUGGCGCCAAAGGCGGCCGGUUGCUGAACUCUUUCUCGGAGUUCCAGGAAGAGCUCACGGAGCCAGCCACGGAGGCCGCCACGCGUGCGAAGCGGGUCACGGGCGGCGUCCUGGCCGCUGCACAUCAGGCUGCAAAGACCUUGAUGGAGGAAUGCCGCUACGAGGAUGGUCGAGAUGAGCGCGCGCGAAACCACCGGCUGAGCUCCCGGGAGGCGUCCUCACCAUCGCCGGAAGGAGCUUGGCUGAGAUCCUCAAGAAGAGGUGGCGCUCUCGCGGGCUGA